CGGCUCGGGCUUACGUCACCGCCCGCCUAGGUCCGGCCUGACUUCGGGGCCAGCCGCCCUCCGACUCUCGUCGUGUACUGCUGUGUACUGCCCCGGGCCGGCGUCGGAGUGGACUGGGCGGCCAAGGCAGAGCCAGAGUGGGCGCGAUGAAGGCACUGAUCUUGGUGGGCGGCUAUGGGACGCGUCUGCGGCCGCUGACGCUGAGCAUCCCGAAACCACUGGUGGAUUUCUGCAAUAAGCCCAUCUUGCUGCACCAAGUGGAGGCGCUGGCCGCGGCAGGCGUGGACCACGUGAUUCUGGCCGUGAGCUACAUGUCUCAGGUGCUGGAGAAGGAAAUGAAGGCGCAGGAGCAGAGGCUGGGAAUCCGAAUCUCCAUGUCCCAUGAAGAAGAGCCUCUGGGGACAGCUGGGCCCCUGGCACUUGCCCGUGACCUGCUCUCUGAGACUGCAGAACCUUUCUUCGUCCUCAACAGUGACGUGAUCUGUGAUUUCCCCUUCCAAGCCAUGGUGCAGUUCCACCGGCACCACGGCCAGGAGGGCUCCAUCCUGGUGACCAAAGUGGAGGAACCCUCGAAGUAUGGUGUGGUGGUAUGUGAGGCUGACACAGGCCGCAUUCACCGGUUCGUGGAAAAGCCACAGGUGUUUGUGUCCAACAAGAUCAACGCAGGAAUGUACAUCCUGAGCCCCGCGGUGCUGCGGCGCAUCCAGCUGCAGCCUACAUCCAUUGAGAAGGAGAUCUUCCCUGUCAUGGCCAAGGAGGGGCAGCUAUAUGCCAUGGAGCUGCAGGGCUUCUGGAUGGAUAUAGGGCAGCCCAAGGAUUUCCUCACCGGCAUGUGCCUCUUCCUACAGUCCCUACGACAGAAGCAGCCUGAGCAACUGUACUCAGGCCCUGGCAUUGUGGGCAACGUGCUGGUGGACCCGAGUGCCCACAUCGGCCGCAACUGUAGCAUUGGCCCCAACGUGAGCCUGGGCCCGGGUGUGGUGGUGGAAGAUGGUGUGUGCAUCCGGCGGUGCACGGUGCUGCGGGGUGCCCGCAUCCGCUCCCACUCCUGGCUUGAGUCCUGCAUUGUGGGCUGGCGCUGCCGCGUGGGCCAGUGGGUGCGCAUGGAGAACGUGACGGUGCUGGGUGAAGAUGUCAUCGUUAACGACGAGCUCUACCUCAAUGGGGCCAGCGUGCUGCCCCAUAAAUCUAUCGGCGAGUCGGUGCCGGAACCUCGCAUCAUCAUGUGAGGGGAUGCUGGGGGCUGGCUGAGUCCCCAUUUCCCUGUUGGCAGGGGGCACCCUGGCCUGAUACAUCCGAAGGCCCUGGACUCACUGUUUAUCUGGGAGGACCGGACAAGGCUGAAGGGUUGGGACACCUGCCCUCCUGUGGACACAAUCUGGCAGGUCCCUUGCUGAGCAUACCCCACAAAGCCUACUCCCUCAAGAAGGGCCGGGCCAGGGCUGUAUGGAAUAAUAAUUUAAUGCUCACUGUG